GAGUGCAGCUCCAUCUAUUACUAUAUAUUCAUCAUCAUUAUCAUCACAAUACUCCAUAGUCUCCCUUUAUAUUAUCCACCUCCCAACAUUAUCAUCACCUUGUCGGCCUCUUUCUCCCAUCCCCUUCUUCAUCAAACCCUAAUUCUUUUCUUUUUCAUUUUCAAUUCUUGAACUCAAACUUUACAUUUUAUUUCUUUAAUCCUAAGAAAUAUUGUAAACAUAUAUAUUAGGAUCAUGACAGCCCAACAAGUCAUCACUCUUCAAAGAAACAGUAGCUGUAGCAGAAGCACAAGAGAGAUUAUCCCUUCAAAUUACAUGAGAUCGACGUCCGUACCACGGAUACCUGAACAAGAACACACCACUGGUAAACUGCUUGUCCGGCGAGGCUCUCCGGUGUUGUCUGUCUCUUUACACCAUCUAAACAAACUUCAUUCGAGAUUCUCUUCUCUUCUCCGUUCUAUAUUCAAGAUUGUUGCGUUACCUUCUAUAAUUAUCAUCCCCGCUUGUAAGUGGCUCUCUCUUUCGACCAAUUUUUCUAUAACACCUUCUCUCGGCCGGAAAGUUACCGGUACUCUGUUCGGUAACCGCCAUGGCCAUGUCAGCUUUUCUGUUCAGGAUGAUCCCAGGUCUGAACCUGUCUUGUUGCUUGAGUUAGCUAUGUCGACUUCUAUGUUAGUUAAGGAAAUGUCGUCCGGAUUGGUUCGGAUAGCUCUUGAGUGCGAGAAAGCUCCGGUUCCGGUCACCGGAACGCGAUUGGGGAAGCUGUUUAAUGAGCCAAACUGGAGUAUGUAUUGUAAUGGUAAUAAGUACGGGUAUGCAGUGUCGCGCACGUGCACUGAGCUUGACAGGCACGUGCUCAGGACCGUUCAGAGCGUUUCGGUCGGUGCUGGAGUGAUUCCAAUGGUGGAAGAUAGCCGGAAGACCGGCGGGUCAGAGGGCGAGUUGCUUUAUAUGAGGGCUAAAUUUGAGCGAGUUGUAGGUAACCGUGACUCGGAGGCAUUUUAUAUGAUGAAUCCUGAUGGAAGCGGAGGGCCUGAACUCAGUAUAUUUCUUCUAAGAAUAUGAAAAGGAAAAAGAAUUAUAAACAUAAAAAAAACAUAGAAGACUUUCUUUAUUGGUUAAUUUUUUAGGUGAUGUUAGGGAUUGUGAUGUUUGUGUUAAAUUAAUGACAUGUAUGAUGUAAUUUUCUUUUCCUAAUCAAUAAUUUAGUAUUUAUAUGUGGUUUUAA